CAGGCCCAGCUGACCGGAGCGGAGCGCCUGGGCUGGCUCGUGGGGAACGACUUGUGUAACGGCGGCCUCGGAGGCAGCGGCACCGAACCGAACCAGUCAGAUGUGUCCCGGACCCGAAGGAGGCGGCGCAUAAAGCAGCGGCCUGCCAGCCGGAACCGAGCCGAUAAGUAGUUGGGAGACUGCGGCGUGUGACCGAAGGAGCGUACAUGUUUUUCCGCGGUCAGUUGUCGGAGGAAUGAGAGGCGUAUGUCUGGGGCUGAAAAUGGGACUGUUUUUGCACGCUAUUGGCUCUGUCACCCCCACGGAGUCCGCAGCGGAGAAGCGGCGGAGCUAGGACCUUACACUUUGCCACUGCUUGGAAAUUUCUGUAAAGCAAUACUUGUUUGGGCUGGAGCGGAGCGUGUGUGCCAGAGACGAGAGGAGAGAGGGGCAGAGGGAGUGAAAGUAUGUUGGAGAUGUUUUUAACUUUUUCACAGUGGGAUGAUGUCUCAUGAGGUAGAGUGGACGUGUCUGGAUCCUGGAUCACCAUGCUUCUCAGUCGAGGACUUGAAAUGAGCUUACGCCGCUGUGAAGGCGUCAACAACCAGAGCUACUUCUGCGAGUACGGCCACUGCUGUGGAGAGUCCCAGUGCUGCAGUUAUUAUUAUGAACUCUGGUGGUUCUGGCUCGUGUGGGCUCUCAUCUUUAUUUUGUGCUGCUGCUGCAUUUGUCACCACCGCCGCACCAAACACCGGCUGCAGCAGCAACAACGGCAACACGAGAUCAACCUCAUAGCUUACCGUGAAGCACACAACUUUCCAUCUGUGCCCUUUUACUUCAGGUUUCUGCCAAACUACCUCCUCCCUGACUAUGAAGAGGUGGUCAACCGGCCCCCGACUCCUCCCCCUCCCUACACUGCCUUAAACUCAAACCCAUCUUCAGUGGCUUCUGUUCCCGUGGCUCCCGAGCAGCAGGAAGGACAUCGUCUGGUCAUCCAGUCCUCUUCUGUCCCUCCGGUCCCUGAGGGGCUGUGCUGCAGACCCAGCACAGAGGAGCCACAGCCCCCUACUUUUGACAAUAAACCCACCCAGACAGCACAAGACUCAGGCAGGAUCCUGCUGCCGGACGGACUUAGUGUGGAGGAGCUCACCAGUCAGGACAUAAAAAGUGGAAGUGUGGACCACUCCUGUAAGGACCCUUUGCUGAAGGUUUUUAGCUCUUUGGAGAGUUGUAAUGAAGAUAAAGAGCGCCUCCCCAAUGGAAGGAGGCGGCGUUUCACAGGGGAUUCUGGGAUUGAGGUAUGUGUGUGCGGCACACAGGGAAGCAACAGUUGUAGUGGAGCUGGAGGGACAGACCAGGACAUCAAGGAACUAGAGAGCCUGCUGGGGCGCAACGUGGACGAUGACGAUCAGGAGGAAGAGGAGGCAGGUGACUUCUGUGACAGUUGUGGUCAUCAGGCCUCCUUUAGUGUGGAGGAGGAGGGAAGGGCUGAGCGUGAGCCAACUGGAACUCCGCAGGCUCCUCAGAGCAGCGGCUCGCUCAACCCGCCCGUUUGCCUUAUCCUCCACACCAUCAGUGAGCAGGACGGAGCAGCCCACAUCACCGAGCCGCAGGGCUGAGACACCGAUAACCCACCUCGUUCACAGACAGAAGAGAACAUGGCUGCUUCUGUAGCCCACAGCGUUUUAAAUGCUUUCAGAGUGUUUUAUAAAUGUGCACAUUAGAUCAUCCAGAUGUGGGAGCUGCAAGUGGGAUCAUAGCAAAAAUAUCGAAACGUCUCCAAUCCAAAGGUUGAGAAAGCCCACUCCUCCCUACACUGGACCAGUGGCCUUAACCUGUGUUUUAGGUUCUUUAUGGGCACUACAAGCUCCGUAUGGCAAGCUAAACCCCUCGUGCUUCACACACUCGCAGUUCUUCGGUUGUUUCUUUCAAACAAAACAAUCCAUUGACCCGGUCAGGAUGAUCAGGAGUGAAGCUGAUGAGCGCAGCUCUGCUCAGCAGGUGAAAUCUGUUCUCUGCUUGCAGUGAACUACAAAGUAGAAAAAAAAACCCGCUCAGCAGGAACGUUUUGGACGUGUGCAGUGUGGAGUUACCAGUGUUUGUUCCUACAAGUUUCAACUGUCUGAAGGGCGUCAGAACCAGACCUGGGAUGUCCUGUUAGAAUCAUGUUUUUUCAGCAAUCACAAACCGUUCUGCCUUCUGUUUUUUGUUGCUCUGUCAGCCCUGUACGCAAAAUAAAAUCAGACCACACUUCCUAAUUUGCACACAAGCAUUUUUCUCUUUAAAAAAAAAAAAGAAGAGAAAAUCAGACGCAAACAGAAAUCUAGUUUUUUCCCAUGGUUUUGUUCUAAAUUGCAGUAUGUGAUUAAGCUUUUGUUUGUUGUUACAUCUGAGUUGUUUGUAGAGAAUGCAGUGGAUUCACUUGGUAUUUACUCAUUUUUAAUCUGAAUUUGCUGAAUGGUUGUUGAAUGUAYCUACCAAAAAGAAAAUGCAGAUUUUUGAUAAACAAUGAUUAGCUUUAGUCAAGCUAAGAUGUUAAACUGGUACCAAACUCAAGAAUGUUAAGCUUCUGAGAGAUUGUAACUGAAAUGUGACAUCAGACCUUGAAGGUUUGUGUUCGUCACUUCAACCCAUCGUCACCAGCUCCAAUAUAGAAUAUAUUUAUAGUACGGGUGUAACGAGAGAUCAUGAGAUUAAAUGGGGGGGAAAAAACUUUUUCAUGACUUGAUCUGGUAAAUUUAGCACUGAUGUUCCAACCACUUUAAAUCAGUUGCAGUUGAAACAGGUUUGUUGUGAGAGCUGCUGCAGCUACGUGCUGAGAUGAAGAGUCUCCACGGCAUAUUUAUUUAAAACAAAAUAGACUUGAUGCUGAUUUCACCUGGUGUUUUGUCGAUUUUAAAGAUGAAUAAAUUAGGUUUAAACCUCGUUAUUUUGUUUAAGUUAGGAGUAAAACUAGUUGAACACAAUUCAAAGUGAAGAUGACAAAAUCUCACACACCUCUGCUUUAAGCAAUGUGUUUAUCUCUGUGUUGAUCAGUAGUAACAACAUAUCUUUGAUUAGAAUCCAAAAUACACAGAUGUUUUACUUUAUUUUUCUGAGUUUCAUCGACUCCGACUCUCUGAUGGUCGUCAGAGGACAUCGCAGCUACAAAGUCUGAAUUUAUUUUACUCAAAAUAGCGAAGUGACUUUUCUUUGAGAGUUUUUAAUUCCUAUUUUUUUUUCUUCUGACUGACAUAGAAUAUAUUAUGAGGAAAGUUUGUAUUUCUGAGUGGGUAUUUUUAAAAACAUGGCUAAUUUUAUUUUAUUGACUCCUUAUUCACAGUGAUUUCUGAUUUCAGCCAUUUUAGCAAAUGUGCAAAUGAGUAUUGAUUAUACAGGAUUUCCCACAAAAAAUGUUAAUAAAAGUCAAAUUAACAAGCAAUUUGUCUGUUUUUGUAAUUUAAAUAUUAUGCAUUUAAAUGCUCAAAAUUGCCUUGAACUUGGAAAAAAAUUAAGCCCCCUAAUUUAAAAAAAGGUACCCUAAGAGGGUAAAGGACUGAGUUGUUUUAAACUUUGAUCUACUUUUUCCUGCAUUGCGUCACUGAGGCGUCAAGUUUUUGGCAACUUGAUUUUCUAAAACUACUCUCAGUGCAUCUGCAAAAAAAUUAAAUAAAAUGCACAAUAAUGCAAACACUUGCAAAAGCACAAAUGUUUAAACAAGUUAUCUUUAAAUUUCUUUUGUUACACCCUAAAAUCAUCAAACAAGAUUUCCCCUGGGUUUUUCAGCAGAGGUUAAAGUGCAAUGUGAACUUUUUGUAUUCACUUAGAUUUAAUGCAUCAUACUCUGAACACUAAAGUGCUUUACAUCUUAGUCUUUUUAUGAACUAAACAUACAUAUUGUACAUUUAUGGUACAUGUAGUUGGAAGAGUUAUUUUCAUAUCAGCUGAUCCAUUUAAAUUCAUUAAUCUAUUAAAAAAUUUAAAAACUACUUUGUAUUUGAAAAUUGUCUACCAUAUUUAUGUUAACUGAAUAAUUGCUUUAAUAUUUAAAAAAAAAUCAUUAGCCUUAAUACAAACAGAUCUAUACUUCUUUAUGGAUAUAUUACUGAAGUUUUUUUUUUCUGUUGAGCAAAGAUUUACCUGCUUUUGAGACUUAAUCUGAGGUUGUGUGAAGGGUACGUUUGACUAACAGUACAGAUGUGUUAGGAGAUCAGGGCAAUCUUGCCAAAGACACUUUGCUUUCCUGUUGAGUCUGUCUGUGUUUUGCACAUUAUUCUCUGAAUGUUCAGAUCAUAAGCCAUUUAUUUCAGUAACUGAGGUGAAUGUAUGUUCAAUAAAUAAACUUAAUUGAAGCACA